CACUACAGACAUUCCGACCAUUUUGUCAACAGCUUUUCUUAUGGAUGUAAAAAUUUUACGAUUCUGGAUGUUGCAGUUUCUGAGAUAUGUAACUUUAAUGCUUAUUAUGUAUGUAGGCGUGACUCCUCACCCACUUGAAAUUUUAAAAUAUAAUGUUGCCUUUAACUUCUUCCAGACAUAAAGGAAUACACUGUGAAAAUUUCAAGAAAAUCGAUUCAGCCUUUUUAUCGCCCAGCAGUUCGGUCGGACAGUCCCGAAAUACCUAUUUAACCUACCACUUAGGGUUACCCCUAGCCAUUGACUGUCCAGGUGACUAACUAUUAAAACAUGCACUUGUCCUAUGAGGAAGUCAAUCGUCAAUCAAUCGAAGAGACAAACAAAAAGCUUAAGUUUUUUUAUUAAGUGUCCCCUAUCUCUAGGUUAUGAAGAGGCAGACAAGUGCUUUGUAAGUGUCCCCUCUCUCGCUUACAAAGGGAGCACUAAAAUGACGAUUAUCUUCACUCUCGUUUACAAAGAGUACAUCCGUGACGAAAGAUGAAUUAGAGCCAACCAGGUGGUUAGACUUUAGUGAAAAUCACUGAAUAUUCUUAUUAAAAUAUGUAUGUAUAAUAAACCCUGUAUUUAUUAAGAUAUUAUUCAUUUAUUUCAGGUUUAUUACACACAUUUUCCAUACAAAAUUCCGUCAAUAAACCGUCAACAUCUUCAUUAGGCAUUUGUAAUGUGGGGGUAAAAUUAUUAAUAUCAGUGCUAAUUAAAUAUGUAAAUAACCAGCGCUAUAUAUGUACAUACAUCAUUAUUUUUCUCACUUUAAGAUCUCAAAAUUAAAUUUAACAUUUAGUUAACUGUUGAUAGUGUGCAAGAAAACAUGAAUUUUUUAAUAUUUUUAGCUUUAAGUGUAACUGUUUUUUCACAGGAUUACUCAGGAGACUUCAAAGAUCCGGAUCAUCCUGGUAAAUGUGUCCGUGAUGGUUUAAUUCUUUCUCCUGGUGAGGAGAGAAAAGUACCUGGGGAAUGUGCUCUGAUGACGUGCUAUGACGACGGCUUUGCCACAUUUAAAACAUGUGGUACAAUGGUGGCUCCACCUGGAUGUCAAUUUGGUGACUAUUUUGAUAUUGAUGCUCCAUUUGGUGACUGUUGUGAAAUGACAUAUUCCUGUUAUUAAUUAAUAAUUUAGAAUAUACAAAAAUAAAAAAGUCUGAAUCUUAUUUAUAAAUUAGGCGUGAGCUUACCACGUUUGUUAACAUUUAGACAACGGA